AUGUCGCCAACAGAAGCUACAGGGCUACAGCUGGCAUCUGAACAUCGUCGACAACUCACAAGUCGCCCUCUAUCAACCGACAAAGAAGCAAACCAGAAUUCAUCAACAAUGAACUCACAACGGCUGCUAAAAGAGUACUUCGUCUCGGAGUCGACUGGAUUCUUACCUCAUGCCUCGCCACUGCGACAGCUCUCAGACGCCUACUACGCGCCGUGGGAGGAUGCAAUAAGAGCACUCCCAGAACGGAUUGCUACCGGCACUGUCCACGCCACAGUUGAAGCCCUUCCCAUUCUCCAGACCGCAUUCUUGCAAACAGAACGACAAUGGCAGAGAGCAUAUGUUGUCCUCGCUUUCCUGACACAAGCAUACGUCUGGAGUGGGAAAGGACCAAGAGAUACGCUGCCUCCACAACUAGCGAUCCCUUUGACCGAGGUUGCAGCACACCAUGACCUUCCACCCAUCGCAACCUACGCGUCACUGAUAUUAUGGAAUUUCGCUUUUCAGUCACCGUUAUGUGACAUGACAGAACCGACCAACCUGAGGAGUCUCCAUACUAUGACUGGCUUGAAGGAUGAAGAAUGGUUCUACCUCAUAUCAGUGGCGCUUGAAUCAAGGGGCGGCCCCAUCAUCAAAGAACUUCUGAGAUGUAUAGAUGCAACUGCGUGUGGGGACGAAGAAACCUUGGUUGACAGUCUUGCCCAAACGACAAUGAACGUUAAAAGCAUCAGCAUGCUGCUCGAAAGGAUGUACGAAAGAUGCGACCCACAAACAUACUACCACGAUGUCCGUCCGCUUCUUGCUGGCACAAAAGGCAUGGCGUCACUGGGCCUGCCGAAGGGCGUGUUCUUCGACAUGGGUGAUGGCGAAGGAGAGUGGCACCAGUAUAGUGGAGGCAGCAACGGACAGAGUUCGCUGAUACAGCUGCUUGAUAUUGCCCUCGGCAUCGAGCACCAUGCUACUGGCGCACAUCGUGGUCGAUCUGUCGACGCAGGUGUCAAGUCGAAAGCUAAUCCAUAUAUGGCGGACAUGAGAAACUACAUGCCUGGUCCUCAUCGUCGCUUCCUGGCUUAUGUGGAGGAGAACACCAAGGUUCGGGCAUACUGCAUUUCCAAGGAGGCGUCAGAAAGCGUGAAGGCCGCGUACAACGAGACAGUGGAAGCAUUGUCGAAGUUCCGGGACAUCCACAUUCAGAUUGUGACACGGUAUAUCAUCACGCCAUCGCGAUCGCCUCCAGCCACGCACGUGUUGAGGAAAGAAGCGGUUGGCCUUGCGGCUGCAUCCAGAAGAGCGAGCCCAGAGGGAGGAAAGGUCCCACAGCUGUAUGGCACGGGAGGUACGGAUCUGCUGCCGUUCCUGAAGCAGACGCGAGAUGAGACGAAGUCUGCUGAGUCGGAAUAG